GAGUGCGUGAAAACGGCAAUUACUCUACACCGAUACACGGGAAUCACAACAUCAACAGACUAGCACACAGAAUGUUGAAAGCUUCCGCUUUUUAUUCUACCAAACCUUUCCCAUGUUUGUAACCAUAAGAGAUGGCGGAUAGUGUCACCAGUUUUCUGUCACCACAUGUACGCCAUAUAUUGUCCUGUGGUGAUAACACAGACAGCAGAGAGGACACUCCAAGCUUGCUGCUGCAGAAUGGUCUCCUCUGCUGGAUGUCCAUAGAAAACCAUCUACCAGAUGGGGCUGAUUCUCCAGACUACUUCACAAGCUGUGUGCAGUGUUUGGCUGGAGUAUUUAGGAGAGUGGAGGAAGAACUGACCAGCUGGACAGAGGGGCACUGGAGGGAGAGGGUGGGAAAUAACCUUACCUGGACAGGAUGUCCGCAGGUGUUUCUGAGGAGUUUUGAGGUUUUACAAAGCAGAACAUCAACCUCAGCAGCCGUAUCUCUUCUCAUGACGACAUCUGCCUUAGAAAGAGCCUUGGGGGAUAUAUUCUUGCUGAAAGGAAAGCAGUGCCCAUCAAUGCUGAAGGAAUUGCUUGUUUCAGAAGAACUUAAAAAUCUCCUUGGAGGAACAGCUAUAAAACUGUUAAGGAUCCUGAUUGGUCCCCCUGUCUCCUUGAAUCUUAGAAAUGUGUUGUGGCAUGGAUUUGCUGUUCCAGAUGAAGUACCGAGGUGCUAUGCAUAUUUUCUGGUCAACCUCAUCCCUAAUCUUGGUCAGCUCCUGCAGGAGCGGUCAGUUGAAGCUGAAUCAAUACCACACAGAGUAGAUGUAACCUUUCCACAGGUAGAAGACUGGGAUAUAUUUCCAGAUAUAACCAUAAAAGAUUGUGCUGUUUUGGAAGAUCUGUUCAAUACAUCAGAAUUUGUGCCAACACCAAUGUUGCCAUAUUGGGCAGAUAUCCUGGAGUCAUUUAAUUCUCAAAGGUAUGGAGAGGCUGUGAUGGUUCUUCUACCCCAGUUAGAACACUGUUUAAGGUGUCUGUUUGCCAGAGUUAAUCAGUGUCCAGAAAGAAUACUGACAGCAGAGUCUACCACACUGUACACCACUGUGGAUGAGAUGUUGGCCAAGUCCCUCCCUGGUGGCUCUGAAAACCAGCUCAGAUAUACACUUGGUGACCAGUACAUGGACAUCCUGUUUGAUGUACUGAUCUAUCCUGAGGGACCAAGGGUCAGGGAUCGUAUCAGUCACGGAGAAGCCAGUAUAUUGGGGAUAAGCUACAAGCUGGCAAACCACCUGCUGUCUGUGUGCACUGCCUUAUGUUUGAAGGUAUUAGCAGAGGCUGAAAGAUCAAAAUAUCUAGAGCAUCCAUUCAUCCAUGAUAUCCAUGUGGCUGUUGAAGGUUAUGUCUCUCAGUGCCAUCCUAUCUCAGGGCUAAGAAAAGAAAUCCAAUCUCUCUGCGACAAACUAUCUGAGUGGAAAACUUUUCCCAAACCAGAUCCAGAUCAGAUAGAAAUGAGUAAAUCAUGGGGAGACUACAUCCAACCAAAUGAAAAGCAACUUACAUGUGUAUCAGGGUUACCUCCUAUAAAAGAUUUUCAGCCAUGGUUGACAUCCUGUAAUUUACCAGAGAGAUUUUUAUUUCCAUUUGAAGAUGUAUCUCCCAUGCUGAAGGAUAUUUUGAAGAGAAAAAUCUCUACACUUUACUGGGGCCAAGACAGCAGGGAUACUCUUAACUGUGAUAAAGAAACAAGACCCAUGACUGAAAUGGAACUUGUGGGACUACUGCGGAGAAUAGCAGUACAAGCUACUGCAGUAUCAACAAAUAUUUAUGAAGUAAUGUCUACACGCUAUCAACAAUGGAUCAUCAGAGAGCUGAGGUCAAGGCAGAGGAAAAAUUACAUCAGAUUGUUAGAAAGCAUUCCCACUCUAUCUGUGGGUCUACGGCUGGUUGCUAUGGUGAUAACAGUAUGGCUGCUGAACCUAGAUGCUUUUAACCUGCUCGGCAGCUCAGAGCAACUGCACAUGGCAAGGCAUCUGAAAUCAGUCUUGCAAUGUUGUGAGAAUCUAACCAGUAACUGCAACAUUGAGAAAAAUAGAUGGGAAGAGAGCUGUAUCUUAGUACAAGAUCUGGCUUGGCAGGUACUGGAGAAGAAGAACCUUGUAUACACAUUUCUAUGAUGGGGCAACCCUUAGCAAAAUGAAGUGUGCAGCAUGUGCUGCAAAUGUACUGCACAUAUGCGGCACACUAUAGACAGCUGGUCCUGGAGAAGAACCUUGUAUACACAUUUCUAUGAUGGGGCAACCCUUAGCAAAAUGAAAAGUGUGCAGCACAUGCUGCAAAUGUACCACACAUAUGCGGCACACUAUAGACAGCUGGUCCUGGAGAAGAAGAACCUUGUAUACACAUUUCUAUGAUGGAGCAGAAUCAAGCUGAUUGAAAAGAUUCCCCAGAAAGAAUUGUGUGCAGAGCUGUCAAAUUAUUACACUGAAGAAUAUCAAAAUGAUACAAAGGUCUAAAUUGGAGAACAGUUUGCUAUGAUGUUGAGACAAACUUGGGGACUGGAUUUGCUUUUUCAAGACCUGAGGAAUGUUCUCAAGGAAAGUUCAUUUGAAACAUUUGGGAAACUGCAGUCAAGUUGCUGAAAAGCAUGUGGUAUAUCAGUGCCAAGAGUCUUAAACAAACCAUUGCUAGGUUGCCAUCUUAGGCCCCUAUUUCACACAGACCACGAAUCGGCAGGAAUUGACAAAUUUCAGGAUUUGUGAGGAUU